CAGGUGCAUUCAGUAACCCGCCCCUCAUCUGACAACGGGAGCAGUGCCGUUGGUCCCGUGCAUUGUACCCGCGCAAAGUCACGGAGAGAGAUUAAUGAGGCAGUAGAAGGAGGCGAUACCAUACAAGAAAGUGCUGGUAACGUGGAAAGUAGUAUGCCUGUCAAGCAGCAUAUUGCAUGGAGAAAGAAGGCUGAGAUGCUCCAGUCUCGGGUGGAUGAGCUAGAGGAGGAAAAUGGCAUACUCAAGCAGCAGCUUGAGGACAAUAACUCUAUACAAGAGCAAGAUGGGAACUUGGAAGUAAUGGCCACUGGAGAUAAGGAGCCGGAGCCCAUGAGGUUGGACUCCAGCACGGAUUCCAGCAACGAUUCCAACACUGACUCCAGCACUGACUCAAGCUCUACCUCUACCUCUGACUCUUCUGAUGAGGGAAAGAAGAAAAAGAAGCAGAAGAAGAAAGGCAAGAAGAGAAGCAAAAAAGGGAAGAAGGAAAGCAAAAAAAGGAAGAAGGAAAACAAAAAGGCGAAGACGUCAAAAGGAAAAGGAGAGCGAGGUAUAAUAAACUAAGACACCUGCUGAAUGUAUUUAGGUGUUAGGUAAUUAGG